UGACAUCCCUUACAUGGACGCUAAUGAAAUUAAAUACGCAAAGGCCAAACAGUGUGCACAAUCUUCUCAGCAACACGGGAAAUCCGAAGUAGCUACCAUACCUCCCCUGUCCCCAACGAUUAUUAGACAGUCAACCCUACUGCUCAGAGGAACGCGUAAUGUUCCCUUCAUAGAUGAUUCCGAUCUACCUCCUGAUUGUCCUCCUCCUCCACCGCCUGGUCCCCCACCAGAGUCCCCACCAGAAACUCCCCACACCUCCCCACCUAAGACUCCUCAUACUUCCCCUUCUGACACUCCCCGCGCCUCCCCACAGCCCCAAAUCAUGACAGGCGCUCCUCUUGCCUCUACUUCCCCAUCCGACAUGAAAUCUACUCAAGAUGUUGACACAAGUAAAAUUGAAAGUGCUGAAGAUGACAAAGACAAAGCGCCACCGAUACCACCGAAAACGUCACAACUUGCCACCACAAUGUCAACAACAGAACCUACUCAGUUAAUAUCAUCAGUGGCUUCAUCGACCACACAUUCACCGACAUCAACAGAUGUACAACCACCCAUCUCUCCAGAAACCUCACAGUCGCCGCCAUCAUUGCCACCCAAGCCAUCACUGCAGGCAGUAACACCAGCACCGUCAGAAACCUCAGUAUCGGACACUCAUGAACAAGUUUCAGGAAAACAUUCAGUUCAGAGCUCGGUGUCAGACGAGAGAUAUGAAAUCCCGGAUACAUCCAUCGCCCCUCCGCCAAGACCUCCUCCUCCCAAACAGACACCCACAACGACGCAGGUCAAGGACAAGACUCCUGAGCCUUACACCGCACCUUCAGAGGCUGACAGAUACGAGGUUCCUGAAGUUCCCGGGGAAGAAGUUAAAACCUCAAAGACAACUGAAGUUGAAGAAAGAUACGAGAUCCCGGAGGUGGUGAAGGAGACGUCUGUGGCGUUUGGGUCUAAUGGCGGGACAUCUGUGUCGGCCAAACCCUCUUGCACCCUUCUCUGAUUCUCCCAUACAGCCCGCUGGCAAUGGUAAUAGGCAGAACCAAUUGGACAAGGCAGAGGAACAUAGAGGCAGUAUUUGGACCACCUAAGCCACCCCGUCGACGCAGGAGUCACCCACCACCUCCACCAAGACCACCCAAAAAUGUGGCCCUGAUAGAGGGAACUCGGCCACCCUUUAAGACAGGAGCAGCAGCAAGGCCCCCCUCUUCCACCUCCUCCUUCAGCACCACAUCAGGGACUACGAGUUCCUCCUUGACGACGCCACCAAAACCUGUAGAGUGUAAACAAAAAAGUUUGAAGGCACGGCGGUCGUGGCCAUUCCUCUUUUGUGAUUGUGUGUACGUCAACUGUCGCACAGACGACGAUGCAGAAAAAAAAUGAAACAAAAUUAUUAUUUGUUGUACUAUUUGGUAAGGUACUAAUCUGUGUUGGACAAAAUCUGGUUCUGGUUUCUGUAUUUUUGACCCAGGAAAGAGUUUCUUGCCGCGAUUCCUUGCUGGUUAUCGUUUGCAUUAUAUAUUGUCGCUGUCUGUAAACGGGAUUUGUGGUAAUGGAUAUACUAGAUUUGAAAUUAAAAACUUUUACGAAUUACCAUUUUACAGUCCAAGAUUAUUUUUAUUUGUGACUAUGGUAUACGUUAAAACCACCUCAUUUUAAUUGUGAAUGCUUUUUGUCAUAUGUAUCAUUUUUGUAAUAUAUAAUUAUAUAUAUUUAUGAUUCCUUACUAUUGAUUGUGAGACAAUUGACAUUGCAGACAAGAGAGUCUAGAUCAACACAAUUCAUACCAGUGUUCCUUCUGUUCAGCGUGGUACAUUACCGAAACAUCCAAAGGAAAUACAUUUCCAGUAUUUUUUAAAAGAGGUAUUUUUAUUGAAAACAAAUCAUUGCUAGUAGUUUAUCCAAACUGUUAUUGCACGGUAACGACGCUUACAAAAGAUCCAGUUAGAUAUUUGCUUUAAAUUGUCCCCCACUAAACGCUUUCAUCCGCUGUAUUAUACUGCAGUAGUGUCAUUGUGAAGUCUGUGAUUCUUAAAGGAUAAUCCUCGUCCAGGUCGGUUUAUAUAGGUUGGGUUGGUGCGAGUGUUGAGUCACAGAAGACAUCGAGUGUGUGAGUAACAAACAGCUGUGACAAUUUACUGUAUGUGCCACGAUCAGGAGUAACGCGUAACUGUUAGGCAGGCUAGGCUGUCUGUUAAAUAAUCAGAGGCAUAACGUUCCAGCUGUGGUAGCUCUUUUGACUGGUUGAAAUAUAUUUGAUUGAUAUGACAACUCGGUUUUUGAUGGUUACAGUGGUCAAAUACAGUAUGUGUAAUUUCUCAAGUUCCAAGUGAUAUUGAACCCAUGUCAAAUAAAUCCCUCAAUCCUUGGCAA